AUGGCCGAAGCCCCGGCACAGACGCCCGAGCCGCGUGCCUUCACCGCCGCUUCACUGACCGAGCAGGAGAUCCAGACCAUCACCGAACUGGUCAAGUAUCUAACCGAAAACUCUUACGCUUAUGACUCUCAUGUACAACUCAUCAAUCUACUUCACAAAGGCUUCGUCGCCCAUGUCUACGGCACCUCGAACGUGGUUAUCAACGAUCCAAGGGAUUACAAUCUGCUUCCUGAUAUGCGGCAAGCACGUGAGGCCAUGGACUCUCGCUUUGCUGUUGGAGAAGACAUCUGGAAAGACUGGAUCAACGAUGAGGCCAUUCUGGCCCGUCAGAGCGAAGAACGCGUCGCCGUUAUGGACUUGUGCCAGAAGGCUGUUCAGGACGAGCCUACCAGCGUCACGCUCUGGUCCGUCUAUGGCGAAUGGGUCAUGCAGACAUAUUCUAUCGCCAAUGGCUUCGCCGAGGGAGACCCUAACGUAUGGACAGACAUUGACAAGGAGAUUUGCAAAGAAGUCUUCAGUCGCGACAUCUGUUUGAGCGUGUGGGAGAGGGCCGUCGAGGCUACAGCUUGGCGUAUAGACGAGAGCCAUCGCAUAUGGGAUCGUUACAUCGACCUUGUACUACAGGAGUUUCCGGAAAACCCAUCUUCUCAGGCAAUCGAACACGUCAACAAUAUGUUCAUGCGCCGCCUCAGAACCCCACAUGCGAACUGGUCCGAGACUUCUUCUAAAUUCUGGCCCAUCGUCUCGAAAUUCAAUGCAAGCAACUGGGAAGAGAUCAUGGCUGCUACUAAUGAGAUGGCUGCCCCUGCAAAACAACAAUUCGCACUUCGAGAGUCACACGAGCUAAACUUGCAACGAGCAGCCGAGUCUGGUGACAGUGUCGCCCUCUACAACGCCUUUACCGAGUACCUAAUCUGGGAUCGAAAGAACAAACGACGCUCGCCAUUCGAUUUUGAGCUGCGAUGUUCCCUGUACGAGAGGGCUCUAUUGCGCUUCCCUACAGUCAUUGAGUGGUGGCUCGAUCUUGCCGAUUUCGUGUUGAAAACCAACUCCAACAGCCCAAUCAUCUUGACAAUUCUGGAAAGGGCCACCAGGCAUUGUCCAUGGUCUGGUGAUUUGUGGUCAAGACGUGUCCUUCGCGCCGAAGUGGACAAGCUCCCCUAUGAUGAAGUUGAGCAGGUCAAGCACAAAGCUACCAACAGUGGUCUUCUCGACAUUGGCGGCAUGGAAGAGGUCCUCAAAGUCUAUUCUUCAUGGUGUGGUUACCUUCGUCGCAGGGCUUUUGCGCCGGACAACACCGAUGACGAGAUCGAUAUGGCCGAUAUGGGCAUUACAGGUACUCUCGAGGAUGCCACUGUUGCUGGCAAAAAGAUCUACGGUGGUGAAUACAAAGGUGAUCCUCUGUUCCGUCUGGAAAAGAUUCGCGUCAAAUUUCUGCUGGAAGCCCGACGUUUUGAGGACGCGAGAAUGGUCUUUAGACGUUUAAAAACUACCCAUGCUGCUAGUGCCGAUUUCUGGCUUGCUUGGCAUCAGUUCGAAGCCUUGAUAUGGGCUCACGAGCGCAUGUCUGAGUCAGUUCGCAUCGAGACACCCGAAACAGCGCCCACAAAUGCCACCUCUGUCCUGCGCGAAGCUCUAGAACAAAGAAAUCUCGACUGGCCAGAAAAGAUCCUUGAGGUCUGGUCAAACCACUUUUCCCAGCAUGAGACUCCUGAAGCAUUGCAAUUGGCUCAGGCGGACGCUCGUACUGCACAAUUCUUCCUGACACAAAGACGAGCAAGAGAGGCGGCUGACGCUGCUGCUACUGCUGCCGCCGCUGCCGAAACACAGCCUCAAGCAAAUGGUCUCGAGACCGUUCCGGAAGAAGCGUCAACUACAUCUAAGAGGAAACGCGAGAACGAAUCAGAGCAAGAGGCCGAAGAUGCUGUGAAGAGGAACAAGACGGGAGGAGAUGCAUCCAACCCGCCAUAUCACGAAGUAUCAGCUUCGGCCUCAGCUCAAAUCAAGCGCGAUAGAGAGCACAACACGAUUACUGUCAAGGAUCUGCCAAACGAUGUUACAGAAAAGCGCGUGCGACAGUUCUUCAGCGACUGUGGAACCAUUCUUUCUGUCAGUAUAGUGACUGACGAUAACUCGACGACGGCGCACGCCACCGUUGAGUUUGAAAAUGAAGAGGACACACUUUCUGCUAAAACCCGCGAUGGGAAGUCUUUCGACGGCAACACCAUCCGCAUACAGUCUGGAACACUAUCGACUCUUUACGUGACCAAUUACCCUGCCGAAUGGGACGAGGUCAGAAUCCGCGAGCUGUUCAAAGAUUUCGGCACUGUUGUCAGUGUCCGCUUGCCUUCUCUCAAGUACAACCAGCGACGCCGCUUCUGUUAUGUGCAGUUCCUCACACCUGAGGAAGCUCGUGCUGCCACAUUGUUGCAUGACAAGGCCAUUGACGGUCAGCACCGUCUUCUUGCUAAGAUCUCCGAUCCUGAUGCCAAGAAGGAGCGUUCAGGCGCUGUGACAGAAGGUCGAGAGUUGCAUGUUGCUAAUAUUGACUUCAAUGCUACGGAGUCGGAUAUUCGCGAUUUGUUCAAGCAACACGGUGUUGUUGAGAACGUGCGUAUGAUUAGGAAUUUACAAGGUAGAUUCUUUGGCACGGCGUUCAUUGUCUUCUCCAAGUCAGAGGAGGCCGAAGCGGCGAUGGUGCUCAACAACAAACCAUUGAAAACUCGCCUGCUCCGUGUCACGCUUGCAACGGACAAGAGCUCUGCCAAGAAGGACAUUGCGACCACAGUCAUCCAACAAACCACAAGCGGAUCUCCUGCGCCUGAUAGUAGUCAGAAUGGCUCUACCGGACCAGACAACAGACGCAGAGGGUCGAUCGCUCCACCCCAAGAGCUUAAUGAUGAGACUGCUAGGACGGCACGUGAGCGCAAGUUGGCUCUUCUCAAUCUACCAGACACGGUCAACGAUGCCCGCAUCCAAGCGUUCCUCGAGAACUUCGGUCCACUCCGCAAGAUCACCGUGCGCCGCGACAAGGCAGGCGCCAUGGUCGAGUUUGUCAACCUCCAAGAUGCUGGUAAGGUUGGUCUUGGAGUAGACUGUACUCCUCUGGGCCCAGAAGUACGCAUCGGCACUGUCGAUGACCUUCUUUACAAGUCAAAGGCCAAGCCUGCGUCCGCUCAGACUCAAAACCCUAAGCCUGCGACUUCGUUCAAGCCUCCUCAAGCAGGCAACUCGAGGCCUGUACAGAGGAGCGGCCAGGGUAGACGCGGUGGACUUGGCUUCAAGCGAGGAGGUGCACUUUCUGUCGGCUCUGGGGCUGCAAAGUCACCCGAAGGAGAAGACAAGGCCAUGAGUGGUACUGGCGAGACCGAGACCAAGGCAAAGAGCAACAAUGACUUUAGGACAUUGUUCAACAAGGGCAAGGAGCCCGAUGCCGCCGCCGCCGGAGAAAAGGAAGAAUAA